AUGGAAAAUCGGGGACUGCGCCUACCUGAUGAACCCCAAGAAGGGCGAAAUAGGUCAUGGGCUGUCGACGAGUUUUCAGCAACCUUCCCGAAACCACUCCCGGAACAAUCUUGUAGUCGUUCAGCUGUAGCACCCUUUCGGUGCCUAACUGCCACGCCACCCGAAGGUUGCACAAGGGCUGGGAUACUGACGGGUUGCCCAAGCCUAGACAGGGGAAGUCGAGAGGAAGAGGUCGGGUUCUAA